CAUAACUCCAAAAAAAAAACAAAACACAAUUCUCUCUCUAUCUAUAUAUCUCUCUUUCUUCGCAGAACCACAUAGCUAGAAAAAAGAGUCUCGAAUCUUUUUGCUGAAUAAUCUCUUUUCGUGGGUCUCUUCUGUGUGUAUCUAUGGAAGACAAAGGAAGAAGCUUGAAGAACAACAACAUGGAAGACGAAAUGGACCUAAAGAGAGGUCCCUGGACAGCUGAAGAAGAUUUUAAGCUCAUGAAUUACAUUGCUACUAAUGGAGAAGGUCGAUGGAACUCUCUUUCUCGUUGCGCUGGACUCCAACGCACCGGUAAAAGCUGUAGACUGCGGUGGUUGAACUAUCUCCGCCCUGACGUCCGCCGUGGAAACAUUACACUCGAAGAACAACUCUUGAUCCUCGAACUUCAUUCCCGUUGGGGCAAUAGAUGGUCAAAAAUCGCACAAUAUUUACCGGGAAGAACGGACAACGAGAUAAAAAACUACUGGAGAACAAGGGUGCAAAAACAUGCGAAACAGUUGAAAUGUGAUGUGAACAGCCAACAGUUCAAAGACACGAUGAAGUACUUAUGGAUGCCUCGGCUAGUCGAGAGGAUCCAAUCCGCCUCGGCCACAGCCUCAGCCGCCACCACAACCACGGGAUCAGCCGGCACGUCAUCUUGCAUCACAACCUCUAACAAUCAUCAGUUCAUGAAUUACGACUACAACAACAACAACAACAGCAUGGGACAACAGUUUGGUGUCAUGAGCAACAACGAUUACAUCACGCCGGAGAACUCCAGCGUGGCAGUGUCUCCGGUUUCAGACUUGACGGAGUACUACAGCGCUCCAAACCCGAACCCGAACCCGGAAUACUAUUCGGGUCAAAUGGGGAAUAGUUAUUAUCCGGAUCAGAAUAUGGUUGGUCCACAGUUAUUACCGGAGAAUUAUUUCGACUACAGUGGAUUAUUGGACGAAGAUCUAACGGCUAUGCAAGAGCAGAGUAACCUCAACUGGUUUGAAAACAUUAAUGGUGCUGCUUCCUCUUCAGACAGUUUAUGGAAUAUCGGCGAAAGUGAUGAAGACUUCUGGUUCUUACAGCAACAACAGCUCAACAAUAAUGGUAGCUUCUGAUGAUUGAAUAUAUAAAAAAAAAGAUUAGAAAAUUACUCGUUUUAAGUUAAUUAAUUAAUUAUACACUAAAGUAUACGUGUGAAAGGAAUUUGUUUUAAGGGAAUAACUACAGACAAAGAAUGUGUUUACGAUCUAGUAUUCUAUUAGGAUAUAUGAGAUCAGCUUUUUUAUUCCAAGCUUGAUCAUAUAUCAUUGGCGUUUUAAACAAAGCGCUAAAAUUUGAUUUGUUUUGUGUUUUGUUUCGUUUAUUGGGGAUUUGUAAUGAUAUU